CUUGGUGUGGAUAGGAGCUUCAAGGACAGCAUCCCUCAUUUCUGAACAUAGCUGCUAGGGUGGUGGGGGGGGCGGUUCUGGGUGCCGUCAGCACUGCUGACAGCGCCCCUUCCCCAAAGUGGGGAGAGCCUGACCCUCUGGGGAUUGGAGAAAGCUACCCCCCCCCUCCAGCCCACCCCAUCUCCCUUCACAUCACUGGCCCAAUUAUGCUCACAUCCACAGGCACACACAUGCUGGGUAAACAGCUUUCCAAUGUUGCUUUCUCUCCCAGCUACACCAAGAGGCAGCAAAAUCAGCUCCACUUGCCAGGAGAAUUAAUUGAGGGGCUGAGGCUCAGGCCACAGCCUGGAGUCAGAGCCUCAGGAGCUGCUGGGGAAGCCUGAAGUGUCCCCACCAGGCUGGUGCGGGGCAGAGUGGGAGAGCUGUGGCUUCCCAAAGACCUGUUGGUGGAGUAAUCCCCCAAAGGAGGGCCUUUUCCCAGGUGUGUGGGGCGGCGUGGAGGGGUGGGGGAGACACCUAUACAAGAGAGCCUAUGGUCUUCGGGAGGUCCCAGGCCCACAACAGAAGGGAAAUACACCCUCCCCACCCCAGCCUCAAAAGUCAAGGGCACUGGGAUUCAAAGUGCCCUCCCCUUUCAUUUCCAUCCUUACUUGGUGGCCUUGGCAUGUCACUCCUGGCCCCCAGCUUCUGUUUCCUCCUCUUUAAGUGGGCAUAAUAGCGCCUCCCCCCAAUUAAUUGGGGGAGUCUGUUUAAAGUGUUUUGCUCCGGUAAAUGCCAGCGAUUGUUGCUAGAACACAGCCGCGGCCCUGGGAUCAGAGCAUGUGCCUGGUGAUCUCAGACCUCUGUCUUCUCUGCUGGUGGCCCUGCCUGGACACCGCCCCCUCUGACCCUCUCUGCAGUGGCCUGCCAGAGAGCCCACAAGACUUAGCCACGCCCCUAAGCCCACCCCACUAAUAAACAGCUGCCUAGCCUGCCCCACAGUUCUCUGGCACUUUCCAGUCCUCUGGAGUCACAGUGGCUGCUGCACCAUGCGGUCUCCAGGCUUUGCACUCGCCUUCCUCACCAUGCCACUGGUGGUGCGCGGGGACUCAGAGGGCACCUGGUGCUACGACUCCCAGGACCCAAAGUGUGGUGAGGACAGAGUGUCAUGCCCCACCCACUGGAAGGAGAUGGCCCCUGCCUGUGGGGGCCCAGCCCAGUCCCCCAUCAACAUUGACCUUCACUUGGUUCAGCGGGACCCCACCCUGGGACCCUUCAUCUUACAGGGCUACAACACAGCACCUCCAGGCCCGUGGACCCUGGAGAAUGAUGGCCAUACAGUGCUGCUCCACAUAGACGCUGGCCCACAGAGCCACCUGGAGAUUCGGGGCGCCGGGCUGCCACUGCCUGCCUACCGCGCACUGCAGCUGCACUUCCACUGGGGGGGCCCUGGUCGAGCAGGUUCAGAGCACAGCCUGGAUGGGCAGCGCCGCCCCAUGGAGAUGCACGUGGUCCACAUGAACACGAGGUACCAGAGCAUGGGGGAAGCUCGAGGUCACCCCGAUGGGCUGGCUGUGCUGGCGGUGCUGUUAGUGCCCCCUCCCCAGGAGCAGGACACUGACAACGCCAACUUCUCCGUCCUGGUAUCCAGCCUGAAGAACGUGUCUGAGCGCGGAGUCUCUGAAUCUGGCCUCCACCUUCCCGCUGGCCUCGCUGCUGCCGGGCGCCUCAGGCCUCUCGCGCUACUACCGCUACUCGGGGUCGCUAACCACGCCUGGCUGCCAGCCUUCGGUUGUCUGGACUGUCUUCGAGGACGCGGUACCCAUCGGGCGCGCACAGCCCUCAGGUGGCCCAAUUCCAGACCAUGCUCCAGGCCGGGCUCCCCGGCGGCUCUCACCCCGCACCGCUCACCGAGAACUUCCGCCCGCAGCAGCCUCUCGGGGGUCGCAGGGUCUCGGCCUCUCCAGGUGCCUCCAUCUGCGCAGCAGCCUCGGCGCCCGCCCCAACCCUAGCCCGUGUGCACGCGGCUCUGCUGGGCCUGUGGCUCUGGCAGAGCCCCUAGGAACCAGAUUCGACCCCUUCCCGCAAUAAACGAUACACAGAGUGA